AUGGAUCACACAUCUAAGACAGAUACUGAUGUGAACUGCAUUGAAGGACCGAGAGACCAACGUCCUACGAUUACUGGAAAUAAAUAUUUCAUCCUUUCACCUGGGAAGAGCUUCGCGACUAAAGAGGAGAUCAUAACAAAUGUCCUUCAGCAAAUAUCAGGUCUACGGGAGUUGACCGUGGAGAAGUGUGAUGCCAUCUUGGUUUUCUGCUUCAUUAUUUCAAGGGCAGGAACUGACAUUGACGCUGUACUGAAUGAACUUAAAGCUCUCUCAGAGUCUAAACCAGUUGUUUUCAUGGUGCUUCAUCACACAUUCGACCCAGAGAAGACUGUGCCAGACAGCAGCAGAUUUGUGACCAGGGUGAAUACAGUCACAGUGGACUGUUUGUUCUACGAGGAUGAGGGACUCCUGAAGUGUGGGAAGAAUGAUGAAGCUCUGACCAGAAUCCUUCAAUGGCUGCAGCCACAGACCUCGCUGAAUUUAGCUCCACAAAAUAGAAUGUACGGGUGGUUUUCAAGCUUUUCAGGAUGGAUCAGUUUUAAGGGGAAAAAAGACACAGGGAUGCCCAAAAUAUCUUCCUGCGAAACCGAUCCUAAAGUUGCAUCAGAACUGUAGGGUAUCAGAGUGAAUCAGACAAUUUAAGAUUCGAUCAGAUUGGUGUUGAACAAAUUUGACCAAAUUCCACAAAGAGGCCCAGGAUGACAUUAGACCACGUCAUAAAUCUGUCCAAGAUACCCUGGCGCCACAAGACUAAAGCAAGUCUAACUAACCAACUCUUUCACAGAACAGCUUUCAACAUUAACACAAAAGAACACAUUGAUCAUUUCAACUCAGAAAGGAGAUUGUCAAAUUUGGGGCAAGUAACCAAGAUUAAUGAUCAAAGACACAGCAUAUCAUGACCAUCCAACGUGAUCUCAUGAUAAUUCGUAUGUAUUUUACGUAAAAUGUGGUUCUAUAAAACG